GGGGUGCUAUUUUGGGCAGUGUGUCUGCACUUGGCUCGAGUGACAAGGGCCAGAGCCCUGCUCCACUGACCUCUUCCCUGGAGGAGCAGAGCAGAGCAGCACUCAGGUCACCCUGAGGAGGGCUGAGAGGCGGGCUCUGGCCGGGGACACAGGGACCGCAGAGCCCUACCAGGGGCUGCAGCCAGAGCCCGAGACGGUCAUGGAGGAAGCUGUCGAGGGGCUGCUGUGACUGAGCGGCCUCAAGGCAGGCAACUGGGAGCAUAAGGCCCUUCAGCAGACAUCUGAAAAUCUCAAAGACAAUAUGACUCAGUCAGACAGGAAGAGGCGGUCCACCCGCGUGUCCAAGAUGUUCUCGAAACCUACAGCAAAGGUGCAAGUCAUAUGGCAGAGCAAGUUAGUUCGAGAGUUCCUGGCGGAGUUCAUCAGCACGUUUGUCAUGAUGGUGUUUGGCCUCGGCUCCGUGGCCCACAUGGUGCUAGGAGGUAAAAUGGGGAGCUACCUCGGUGUCAAUUUGGGCUUUGGCUUCGGAGUCACCAUGGGAGUGUACAUGGCGGGGAACAUCUCUGGGGCCCACAUGAACGCGGCCUUGACCUUCACCAGCUGUGCGCUAGGCCGCAUGUCCUGGAGGAGGUUUCCCGUGUACGUUCUGGGUCAGUUCCUCGGCUCCUUCAUGGCGGCGGCCACCAUCUACGGCCUCUUCUACACCGCUAUUAUCGACUUCUCGGGGGGAAAGCUGACGGUGACUGGCCCCACAGCCACUGCUAACAUUUUUGCCACCUACCUUCCUGACCACAUGACAUUGUGGAGGGGCUUCCUGGAUGAGGUGGUGGUGACUGGGAUGCUUCAGCUGUGUCUCUUAGCCAUCACAGAGAAGGGGAACAACCCAACGCUAGCGGGGACGGAGGCCAUUGUGAUCGGCAUCCUCGUUGUCAUCAUCGGAGUAUCCCUGGGCAUGAACUCGGGAUAUGCCAUCAACCCAUCCCGGGACCUGCCUCCCCGCUUCUUCACCUUCCUCGCUGGCUGGGGCUCACAGGUCUUCAGCGCCAGGGACUGGUGGUGGGUGCCGGUGGUGGCACCACCCCUGGGUGCCUACUGCGCGGCCAUGAUGUACGCGAUCUUCAUCGGUUUCAACAAACGACAGGAGCCCCAGGUCCUGGAGAAUCCCAAGAUGUCUGAAGACCGCAGAAUAUCUGUGUUGCCCAAGACCGUGUCUCACCAGUACGGAGUCUCUUCCCUCACGCCUGUCUCUGUGUACCCCGAAGACAGACCCUCAGUCUUGCACCACCCUUAAGUGACUCCAUCUGCCUAGAGCCCCUCUAAGACUAUUUGUGAGCCUACAUCCACCCCAAUAAAGAAAGCCUUGUCCCACAGUGGCAACCCCGCUUCUUGGGGGCCUCCUGUGGUGGGGCUUACCUCCUGGAUUCUCCCAGGAGCUCCCGGAUUAUGCUGUAGCCCAAGGCUGAGCACAGAGCUGAGUGGCCUCUGACUCCUGCCGGCCCUGGGAGCUGAGUGGCCCCCAGGGGAGCAAGUGGAAGGGCCGAUCAGUGGCCUCAGUAAAGACAGGACCAAAUUAGACGACCCUGGACACAGAAGGGUGGGCUGCCAGGCACAGGGCAGGGAGGGGAUGGCAUGGGGGAGGGAUUCCACCUGGCAGGUGGGGGUCAGCCCUGGAUGAACCGUGAGCUGCCCUGGGAGAAGACUCUGGACUCUCCUUCAGUCCUGGCCAGUCCUUGGACCAGGCAGGCCAAAGUCCCAGUGUGUGGAUCAGAGUUUCUCAACAUUUUCUCCCCUUAUUCUCCCCUCCUUAGGAGCCUUCUAGGAUUUUUUUUCCCCUUAAUCACAUGAUAUUUUAAUACCACAGAUAUACUGUAUAUCUGUUUGUGUACUGUACAUAUAUCUUUGCUUUAUACAAAAAAAGUAAGGUUUUUAAAAAUCUCUCCCUUUCAAGGAUCCAAUUUUUUCACCCAUGGGAGCAUAAUCACCCCACCCUUGAAAAUGCCUGAAGCAGACAGAGAGGAGGUAAGAGACAGGCUCUGCCUUCUUCGUGGGGGCAGAGCUCUCCCACCGUGGAGAAUCCCAGAGCUGGAAAGGAAGAAGCAGAGAGGAAAAUCCUGUCAAAAGGCAGGGGACAGGAAAUGGUCUCAUGAGGUUCCGGGGAACAGGUCCACCGAUCCCAGGCCAGGAGGAUCAUCCUGCUUCUGGGACUCAGAAGGCAGCAUCACCCGUGGCUUCUGUCCCUGCUUCUGCUUUUAGCUUUUCAGCAGCCACUGGGCACCUCCUGGGUACAGGCUCUGCAGGUGAGGUUGGGUCUCUGUCUUCAAGGAGCACAGCCCCUACUAGGGACAGGUGAUCACAAGAAAAGAGCGGAGGGGUGAAGAAGGGGCUGCGUGCAGGGCUCAGAGGGGGCUCACAGCUCAGUCGUGAGCUGAGGCCACAGAUGGCUUCCUAGAGGACGAGACAGAGCAAAGGUGGGGGGUGGUCCUUUCUGGGGCUGGAUGCCCAAUUUCAGGGUUUGAGGAGAGAGGGCGAGGGAGGUGGGUAGAGGACGCUGGUUUUCCUUCUGGAGCUGGGGACUUGGUGAGAUGAGGUUUAGAAAGCCCACCUGAGUUGCAGUUUGCAGGAUGCUGGAAAAGGGGGAGACUGGGGCCUGUAAGGAAGUGUGGGGCUGCUCCAGGAGGGGCGGCGGGGCAGCUCCCAGGUCAGCACUGGAGGGUGGAGAGAAGAGAAAGGAUUCUCCUGUCACCAAGGAGGUAAAAGCCUCAGGCUAGACUCAGACUGGAGGGAGGAGUGGGUGAGGACGGGCCAGGGGCCAGGGCUGUGCCUUCUAGUUUCUGGCUUGGGCCCGGGGUGUUGGAGGUGUCCCCACUGAACAUGGAGAAUGGGAAAGGCAUUUGUUUGAGGAGGAAGAUGAUAAUUUGUACUGGAGACACAUCGACUUUGAGUUGCCCAUGGGACUUGGGCAAUAGGUGUGUAGUCCUGGGCAAGUUAUUCUGCCGUGCUGGGCCUUGGUUUUCUCAUUUGUAAAGUUGGUCUAAUGCUAUCAAAAUACCUACCAUUUGUGUUGAUGUGAAUAAUAGAUGAAACAAAACAUGUACAGUGCUGAGGAUGGUGCCUGGCAUAGAGUCAGUGCUCAAUAAAUGAUUAUGCAUUUCGUGUGGUCUAGAGCUCA